CCAGUUUCUUUUCCUCAGAACGACUGGUAUUGUCACCGUAGCUACACAGUUCUCGCUACAUAUCGCCGGUAGUCUGAAACGUGACUUCGUCUUGUACCCUGGUCCUCGCUGUCGAAGUCCGUAUAGGCACAUAAAGUCAUCGUACCCUGCUCCACCUCGCUAAUUUUUUUCGGAAGCUUUCCUUGUGCUUCUCCAACAGAACAUCCCUAGACUCGUCUGUUCUUUGAAGCGUAGACAUACUGUAGUGUUUGGCAUCCAUAAUAUCCGUAAUAUCCGUCCGUCCACAGUGCCUGCACUAUUGCUGAAUCUUGAGCCGUCUCCACUAACUUCGGCAAAGUCAUCCAGAAAAGCUACACCAUCCGCAGCACAGUAUUCACUUCUACAAUAGUAAUAUCAGCAUAUCCUUGCGAUUCCUCUGCUUGCUUUCCCAAUCCGACCACAUCUAAAUUCAUAACCUAAUCCCACUGUACUUCACCUAAUGCCAAUCCCGUCAAUAUGAUGUUCCAAAACGACUCCAAGUUCCCCAACGUUCCAACCACGGGGAACAAACACACGCUCGACACCAUGAGCCCCUUCGUCCAUAGUCACGGCUUCGACAACUCCAGCCAAGCCAACAACCAUCCAUUCAACCCCAGCCUCCACAACAUCACAGCCAACAUAUCGCGUGGCAGCUAUAGCCCGGAGCCUCCUUCCAGCUCAGGUCUCGAUUCUUCUGUGCCCAACUUGUUUUCUGCGUCGUCAAACACGUCGGGGUCGUCCGUUUCGAAGCCCGGUGUCGUCACUAACAAGCACGUGAACCCCAACGCUGUACCUUCUACUAAUAAAAAGCGUAAGUCUAACGUGAGGGCCUGCGAUGCCUGUGCCAUCCGUAAAGUCAAGUGUGAGGCGCAGAGACCAUGUAGCCACUGUGUUUCCAACAACUUGAACUGCACUCAGCUACGUGAAAGAAAGAAGUCCGGGCCAAAGAACUUACACAGAAAGACUUUGGACUCCAUCAACAGUUUGAGCGAGGUCAUCGAGCUGAAUACCGGAAAACCGACAACGAAAAGACCGUCGCUUCUGGCACAAUCCAGUAGCAACAACAUCACGCCCAUCAAAGAGUCUUCCAACGAACUUGAAGACGAUCAACUCUCUUCUGCCUCUAAUGCCCCUGUUCAUGCCAUAAGCGGCGCAAUACCCAGUAGUAUUCCCAUGGGAGCGACGGAAAGCGCGAAUGCGACGGCUGAAUACAAAGUAACACCGUAUAACUUGAUUGAGAACAUUGCAAUGAUUGGUGAUGAACCUAUAGUAUUCGAGUUGGUAAAACCUCUUACUGUCCAGUCGUUGGCGAUAAACUACAUGAAGUUGAUAGAGUUCGUAGCCACUAACUAUCCAAACCUUCAGCAUCUUCCGAACAAUCCUUUCCAUUCUGAGCUUAAUCUCAUGGAACACCACGAGGAUUCCGUCUUUCUUUCGAAAUUAUUGGUAGUAUUGACGGUGAACUUGAUCACGAGCGAGAUCUUGAUCAAGUUGAAGAAGCAGAAGUUCAGAAACUUCAUUAAGUACCCGAAGAAGAACUUGUUGUUCAAGAAUUUCAAAAACUAUAGGAACUUGCUUCAUUUCAAAUGUAUUGAAAUCUUCAUCUUGAUUGAAAAGAACUCGAUAGUGCCAUCUAUAACUCCCCAGACCGGCACUAAAGCCGGCAACUACCAGAGCCUCUACCCUUUGAACCAGUACCAGGUCUACUACAACUUGUCUUUGAGUUGUUUGCACUUGUGUAACUAUUAUCAUAUGUUGAACUUGACGAACACGCUAAACACAGCCAAUUCAAGCGAUAACAAUUAUGGCAAUGAAGCUCAGGAGCACCAGAAACUCAUCAACUUGAGGAAAAGUAUCGCCUAUUUCCAACUUAUUAAUAUCAAAGCCAGCGACAGCGCGGUUGUCGUACAGCUCUAUGAGUUAUUUGAGAUCUUAUACACCUUUGAAAGAUACUACAUGGUGUAUUCGUCCAACAAUUACAAUCUCAACUUGGUGAGAAACAACGACGUUGUGAUCCAGUUGGACUCAAAGCGUUUCAUGAAGUAUCAUAACGAAAAUAUCAACAACUCAUUCAACCUGAACUUUUUGUUUGAGAUGAUCAGUAGUGUGUCUGAGAGCAACGAAAUGGAUUCUGCGACAAUCAGCAAAAUUGUAAAGUUUUCUAACUUUAACAUUCGGCUCAAGGACGGCAAUACGAUGUUAUCUAAGUAUAGCUCUUUUUCUACAAAGAUCAGAGCCUUGAGGAGCAGCGACGAGAUUCUUGAGGUGAUCAAGAAUGUUUUUCUUUUCAAGUUGUUGAUAACCUUCCCGUUAGAUAUGGAAGAUUCACGCGUGGAAUUGAAGCAGAUCACAGCUGAUUUGAACUACUCUUUGACAAGAUCUAAUUCUGAUUUGUUCAAGCUUCAAGUUUCCAACUACCAAUUGUUACCUCAUCUCUUGCAUUUGCUCAAAGUGUUGCUACAAGUGAAGGAAGAAGAGGUUCUGAACCGGAUGGAGGAUCAAAUUACACAGGCCACUAAAAUCGAAGAUGCUCAGGAGCAGCAGGUUUAUGUAGAGUUCAGUGACAAUUUGAUCAAACAUUUCCCGUUCUUCAACAACAUUAACAAGUUGAUUCGAUCUGAGAAGCUCUUGAACUCGUGGUAUUUGAAUCUCACCGAGAACAGAACCAAGUUGAACGAGUUUAAGAAGAUGUACGACCACAAACAGACGCUCGAGAGAGAACUCAUCAAGUCUCAAGGAAAUAUUGACGUUUCUAUCAAUCAACUUUUGGAAGAAUUAGAUGCGACAAAGUUGAUGAUCCACUCUAGCACCUCCUCGAUUCCUAACUCAAAUAUGGUUACGACGUAUCCUCUGCCGGAGAACCAUAACGUAAAGCCGUCUUCAUCAGGCUUCAAUGCUGAAGAUCAAGACGAAGAAGAUGAAGAAGACGAUUUCUUUUCUAUAAAUCCAACUUCGCGUGUACAGAGAACCACUCCUCCUCUCAACCAGGCCAAGUUUGUCUCGAUGACAAGUCGUGCGUCGUCUUCUACUUCUACUUCUUCUUCUGUUUCUGCUACUGAUGCUACCUCGAUGAGCCAGAAUACUGAUCAUGUGAUCAUACCGCAGCCAAUGGCACCUACUCCUAGUGCAAUGCAUCCUGCCAAACACGACGAAACUCCCGGUGCUAUGACCAUGAGUGCUAGUAGUUACAGUCUAUUUAACGACUUCUACGGCGCAGGCACUUCAGGCUCGCUAACUAAUUUGUUUCAGUUCAACAACACCUUUCUAGGCAGUGGUGGAAGUCCACUCCCACCUCCACAAAAUCUCCAACAACAACAGCAACAGCAACAUAAUCAUCUACAACAGCUUCAGCAUCCGCCGCAGCCGCUACCGCCUCCGCCGCCUACUGUCUACGGUAGCAAUCUUGUAGCACCUUCUAUCCGAGAGGAAGAGGUCAAGUUGACUCCAGUUGCAAAUUUGGAACACUUGUUGCCUAUUCGGGACGUAUCACGUGAAUUGAAAGAUGGAGAAUAUGACAAAAGCAAGGCGAAAGGGCCGGCUAGGAUAGAUGAAAAGAAGCCCAGAUAUGGAAGUAGUAGAGCUCUUAACUGUAGCGGAGAGGAGAAGAAGAAGAAGAAGAAGAAGAAGAAGAAGAAGAGCGAAAGAUACAGAACGCCAGCCCAUUGA